AUGUCACAAUCUGAUGACACUUCAGAGAUUGCUCCACAGUCAGACCAGCACUCAAAAAUUCAAUUCACCAGUGUCGAAAAACCCGAGCGCACGCCCACUAUAGAACCGACACCACCUACUGCAACAUCACAUUCCGAGAAGCAAAACGCUCCUCAUGACGGUGAUACCAAGGCAAAGCCUGUCGAUAUUAAUGAACACUUGUUUACACCAGAGGAAAUCGCCAAACGAUAUAAAGUCGACAUUAACAUCGAGAAUCCUGCUCAGUCGCGAGGAUUGUCAACAGCAGAGGCUGAAAAACGAUUGGCUGAACAUGGACCAAACGUCCUAACACCACCAAAGAAGAUUCAUCCGAUCAUCAAAUAUUUAAAGUGUUUAUCAACUUUAUUCAAUAUACUGUUGAUUGUUGCAGCAAUUUUCCAAUACAUUCUGUUAGCUAUUGAUUAUGAAGCUAAUAAGCCCAACAUAUACCUCGGAGCUAUCUUGAUUGGUGUUGCUUUCCUUAAUGCUUUCAUAGAAUUCUAUCAACUUCAAAAGUCCGCCGCAAUCCUUGAAUCCUUCUUGAACAUGAUUCCACAAAGGUGUAUUUCCCAACGUGAUGGAAAGUUAACCCCAAUACAGGGAGCAAAUCUUGUCUGUGGAGAUGUCGUGUUGAUAAAGAUAGGAGACAAAGUUCCUGCCGAUGUGAUGCUAUUUGGAGCUACUGAUAUGAAAGUGGACAACUCUUCUCUGACUGGUGAAUCGGAACCACAAGACCGAUCAAUAACUAACUCUCACGAAAAUCCUCUGGAAGCAACGAAUAUUUGUUUCAACGGCACUGUUGUUGUCGCUGGAGAGGGUUAUGGUAUUGUCAUUCGUACAGGCGAUCACACAGUACUGGGACAAAUUGCCGGUUUGACUGCAGGGGAGAAGAAAAAUGAAUCACCACUGUCACGCGAAAUAGACGACUUUGUGAAAAUUAUUGCAACGGUUGCCAUAAUCACGGCUAUUAUCUUUUUCGGCGCCGGAAUGAAAGUCUAUCAUAAUCAGAUUUCUCCUACUCUCAAUUUUGCUAUGUCUGUGUUAGUGGCUUGGGUGCCACAGGGAUUACCAGCUACUGUCAUGGUGUUGCUGACAAUUGCCGCUAAACGUAUGGCUGCACAGAAUGUAUUAGUCAAGGAUCUUCAAGGUGUGGAGACGCUUGGCGCCAUAACUCUAUUGGCCACAGAUAAGACCGGCACUCUGACUCGAAAUCGAAUGACCGUGGCUUAUGUUUGGACAGCAUUGAAAUUGCACAGUACUUUCCGAAACCUAAGUGAUCCAAAUUCACCAUUUGACGCGAACGCCCCUGGUGUUCAAGAAAUUAUUUUGAACUCUACUCUAUGUUCGCGCGCAAAGUUUGAUCGAACGGAUGUACCAUUUAGCGAGCGAGAAAUUCUUGGUGAUGCAACAGAGACCGGACUCGUUCGCUUUGCCGGUCAAAAUUUACCGGAUUUUGAUAAAGUCGUCGCCGAUUAUCGAAAGGUUUUCGAAAUUCCGUUCAGCUCUGAAGUUAAAUGGGCGCUUACGAUUAACCAGAAACCACAUGAAAAUGGCGACCUAACCCUCUACAUGAAAGGUGCACCCGAACGUGUCUUACGAUUUUGCUCUACCAUACUCACUGAAAAUGGAGUAAUCCCGUUGACGGAUGAGCACAAGCAGCAGUAUAGCGAUACGUACGAAUUCAUGGCAUCGAAAGGUCACCGUGUAUUGGCAUUUGCACAGUUAUCAUUGCCACGCAGUCAAUAUCCAGCUGAUUAUCAGUUCAAAAAGGAAGAAAAGAAUUUUCCUACGGAAAAUUACUGUUUCGUUGGCUUGGCCUCUCUCGAAGAUCCUCCAAAACACGGUGUUCGUGAAGCUAUAGGACAUUGUCGGUCUGCAGGAAUUCGUGUUAUCAUGGUGACUGGUGACCAUCCGCUAACAGCUGAAGCAAUUGCGCGUAAGAUUAAUCUCAUGUUGUCUGAAACGAAGGAAAUGGUGGCAAAGCGUAGAGGAAUACCAGUGGAACAAGUUAGGGAAGAGGAAUACAGUGCAAUUGUAAUUCACGGAGAGCAAAUCGAUAGUUUGAGUGAUUUUGAUUGGGACAACAUAUUUUCUAAGGGCGAAAUCAUCUUUGCGCGUACAUCACCUCGACACAAACUUGAAAUAGUUAAACGCGCUCAGGCUAUGGGGCAUAUUGUAGGAGUUACUGGCGACGGUGUCAACGAUUCACCUGCUCUCAAGAAGGCAGAUCUAGGUAUUGCAAUGAACCAAUCUGGUUCAGACGUAUCAAAGGAGGCAGCGGCUAUGAUUUUAUUGGAUGAUAAUUUUGCAUCUACAGUAAAAGGGAUCGAAGAAGGUCGUUUAAUCUUUAUGAACCUCAAGAAAUCCAUUCAGUAUACAAUUUCUCAUUUAACACCCGAGAUUGCAGUAGUGCUUCUAUACGUUGUCGUCCCUCUUCCAUUACCGCUAUCAGCCAUUCUUAUUUUGGUCAUUGAUCUGGGUUAUGAAUUAUUCGCUGCUCUAUCUUUUGCUUGGGAUAAGCCAGAAAGUACAACCGGAUUGAUGAAAUUACCUCCUCGAAGGCCAGUUACGGCAAAAACCACGGAAAGAAUUCGGAGUUAUGCUCUUAUGCGUACACCAACCAUUACAGAUCCUGAGACAGGAUUACCCAAGCAAAUUUCCAGAAUGGACCGAUUUAUUUUGCGGUUAAAGAAAUUGACGAGUAAAGAGUGGUGGAAACAAAAGUUGGACAGAGGCGAGGGAGAAAUACUUGUAGACGGAAAUGUUUUAAGUUGGGCCUACCUGGAAAUCGGAAUAAUCGAAUCAAUUGGUGCGAUUAUUUCUUAUUUGGUUGUCUUAAACCAUAAUGGUAUAACACCUUCCGAUGCGCGAGACAUGCAAAAUCAGGGAGUAUAUUUCGUUGAUGGGUCUCCUGAUUACGUAACAUCUAGUGGCAAAACUUUAUCUGCAAGUCAACAAAUAGAAGCUCUACGACAAGGACAGUCGAUAGUGUAUCUUGCAAUCAUGAUUCAACAAAUGUUUAAUCUUUUUGCCGUGAAAGCCAGAUUUAAGCUACCGUUUGGCAAAUUUAUGUUCUCGAAUCCACGAAAUUUUGCUGGUGUCGCUGGUGGUGCAGCUCUGGCAAUGGCUAUUGUUUAUAUUCCUCCAGUCAACGUGGCAUUCCAAACAAGCUACAAGCUUAGUCCGUUUUUCUGGCUAAUACCUCUUGGAAUGGGUUGCGUAAUCCUUGUGUAUACCUCUAUUCGUCUUUUAAUUCUCCGUCGAAGCCGACCUACAAUAUGGAAUGAUGAUAUUAGCGGUCUGGAUCUAAUUCCUACAAUAUAUUCUACAAAUAAGGCUAUAUAG